AAAAGGCUGCAGCUAACAUUGCCUUUUGUGAAGCAGCUGAGAGAGAGCAGGAGGGCGGCUGUGUGCAGCAUGAGUGCCCGCGAUCUGUGCAUGCUGCCCCGAGCGGACUGUUGCUGUUGAGAUGGAGUCAGUGUUUCUCAGUCUCUUCCUGAGUUUAGUCUUUAUAGUAGCAGGAUGGGGAAACAAGACUGGAAUGGCCCUGGCAACGUAUCACAGGACCUGCAAACUAGUGCACAGAGCUGUGGAUUGCAAUGGGAGAUGGCAAGGCACAGUCCCAGCAGACCUCCCAGCUGACAUAGAGAUGCUUUCCCUGGAUCACAACACUAUACGGACCCUAAAGAAUACCUCUCUGCUGCAAUACCAAAACCUGGAGACACUGAGCCUGCGUGGGAACAGACUGGAACUCAUUGAACCUGGGGCCUUCCUUGGCAGCAGAGACCUCAAAAAUCUUUCCUUGGCAGACAACACCCUCUUUACAAACUACUCUGUGACAGCAGCUGCUCUUCACUCCUUACCAGCCUUGAGGAAACUGGACCUGUCUGGGAAUCAUCUCACUGAGGACAUGGUGGCUACCAUGCUCCGCAACCUGUCCUCCUUGGAGUCCUUGUCAAUAGCCAGAAACAUCAUAAUGCGCUUGGACUCCUCUGUCUUCGAAAGCCUGAGCCAGCUGCAGGAGCUGAACCUGGAGAAGAACUACAUCUAUGAGAUCGAGGGGGGCACCUUUGAAGGCCUGCAGGGCCUGCAGAUGCUUAAUCUGGCCUACAACUACAUUCCCUGCAUCGUGGAGUUUGGUCUGACCCAGCUCAAGACACUUAAUGCCAGCAACAACAUAAUCGAGUGGUUCCUGGCCAUAGAGGGUGAUGCUGUCUUUGAGCUGGAGACGCUAGAUCUCUCCCACAACCGGCUCUUGUUCUUCCCGCUACUACCAAGACAGAGCAAAUUGCGCUCCCUGCUGCUGAGGGACAAUGAGAUGAGCUUUUAUCGCAAACUUCCCAAUGCUACAUCCCUCAUGGAUGUCACAGUGCAGUUCCUUCUCAUAGAGGGCAAUACCACUAAUGUCACUACCCUCAAUCUCUGGGAAGAGGUCAGCCUGAGCAAUCUCUCUUCCUUGAGCUUUCUGGAUAUGAGCCAAAACCAGUUCUGGUACCUCCCUGAUGGCUUCCUGGGAAGGAUGACUUCUCUCUCCCACCUGAAGCUCAACCAGAAUUGCUUAGAGACUCUUCACAUCCAGGAGAGAGAACCACUGGGCAUGCUCAUGGACCUUGAUCUCAGCCAGAAUCAGCUCUCAGAACUGCAGGUGGACCUAGGUUCUGAAGGCACCCUGCCAAACCUUAGAUCGUUUAAUCUGAGUGCCAAUAGGUUGCAGAGGGUGCCACCUAACAUUUUCACCCACACAGAGAUCACUACAGUUGACCUCAGUCACAAUCACAUAGACCUCUGUCCCCAGCAAGCUAAUGCAGAUGGGUCUGAGUAUCCCAUCUGCAUAGACUUAAGGAAUGUAACAUCCCUUAGGAAACUUUACUUGGCUGGGUGUAGCCUGGAAAUGUUGGCGAGCAAUGCUUUCAGUGGGACAUCACUAACACACUUAGAUCUGUCUAACAAUCAGAGAGCACUGGCUAGGGGCCUGCAACCUCUACAAGAUAUUGCACUAAUGCUGCAGGUUUUAUCUCUCAGGAACACUGGCCUCUCUUCCACCAUGGAAGACAUUGACUUCUCUGGCUUUCAGAACUUGGUAAGUUUGGACCUCUCAGGAAACUCCCUGACCAGCUUUCCGGAGUCCUUGAGUGGUCUGAAACUGCAUACCCUGGAUCUCCGGAGAAACCAUCUUCCCUCUCUUCCACAGCACUCAAUGCAGAUGCAACUUGGGAGGAGUCUGAGUGUGCUCUACCUCAGCCAGAACCCAUUUGACUGCUGCAAACUGGAGUGGUGGGACUUCCUUCACAGUCUCAGGACAGUGCGUGUUGUGGACAAGGGGCAGGUCACCUGCAACUACUCCUCUAACAUUAUUCAUACAGUGAGACUGCCUGAGUCUGUGCUCCAGAGCUGCAGGUGGAUGACAGUGAAUAUGGCUUUGCUGUACCUGGUGCUUACUCUCCCUGCCUGCCUGACCCUGCUAGUUGCCUUUGCUGUCAUCUUCCUUACUUUCAAGCACAAGCUGCUUCAAAUGGUGAAAAACCAGUACAGAGUGUCCAGCCCAUACUGAUCUCUGUGGGGAAAGGAGUAGGCUGUUGGCUCACAGAGUGCAGGCAGAGUAGUAACUCUGUGAUCCCUGUGAGGGGCCGAGAGCAGAGUGAGCAGGGGUGCUUUGGAGGGAGUGGCCAGGAUACUGGCUCUCUGAUGUUCUCAUUGCUGCAUUUUGAGAGUGUCGCUUCCUGGUGCAUGUUCUCCCUUUGCUCUGGGCAGGGGUAGGGCCUUCUGCUGGGAAGCACAAUGGAGGCACUUGGAGUUUAAUUCAGGGAGCACAGGGUUCAACAUGGAGUCAGAAGGCAGGAGAAUUAGUGAUUGGAGUUUAAGACACUGAAAAUGAGUAAAUGGGAGAGAAAUUCAGAAGGGAAAGGUGAGGAUCAUGAUGAGGAAAGGGCAAAUAUUAAGAAAAACCAAUGAGGCAGCUGCAAAGUGGACUCAUUGGAUGCCAGAGAGUGAGAGGCAGGAGAGAUCUAUCUCUGUUUGGGUACUUGUGGCACCUUAGAGACUAACCAAUUUAUUUGAGCAUAAGCUUUCGUAAGCUACAGCUCACCUCUCAAAUAAAUUGGUUAGUCUCUAAGGUGCCACAAGUACUCCUUUUCUUUUUGCGAAUACAGACUAACACGGCUGCUACUCUGAAAUCUGUUUGCUAGAGGAUGCUUCACUGGUGCCUAAGGAAAGGAGUUCAGGGUAUAUAAGUCCUGUGAAAUAUAAAGCAAAUAUGCAUAUGUAUACACUAUUAAUAUAAACCAAUGAAGCUGCAGUUCUGAGUUAAGGGCUACAGGGAUCUAUUUUCUCCUAAUUGGAAACAUAAAUUCCCAUUCAUGACAAUUUACUUGAAUUUAUGUUGAAAUUGAACAGUCUUAGCCAAUCAGAGUGCGAGGAUGUACAGUUGCUUUUCCCUCCCCACUGUCACCCUCAGACAUUAUACAUUUAUUCAUCACCAUAGUAUCCAGGAGAUAUAUGGUUUUCUGUUAUACAAAAACUGUUUUACAUUUAUAUAGUCACCUGAAUGCUGAUUAGCAGAAGGGGGGUUGGUUUGCAUAAGGACUAAUUAAUUCUCAGUUGAGUAAAUGAGAAUAUUGUAUACGUAUUAUGUGCAAAAUAGAAUGUGCAGGUUAAGUGUGAGAGUGAAAAUCCUCAUAUUUAUUGCAGUGUGGUUUUUGCUCAACCAGUUUUUCAGAGUUAAAUAUCUACCCCAUUUAAAAUCCUUUGGUAGUCUUUGUAAAUUAAUGAUCAAGGUUAAACUGCAUAGAUGACCCCCUUGCUAAACUUUAUUUUUUAAUCAACUCAUUUUGAGCUGUAUAAUGUAAAAAAAAGUCCCCAUCACCUUAAUGAUUAAACUUUGAAGUGCACACUUUAAUUAAUGUUUUUUGAGGGUGAGGCUUUAUUAAAAGAAACAAACCCAGAAAUGUUUUUCACUUGGAUAUGACUUAAUAUGUCAAAUUUCAAUCUGUGAUUGUUGCAAAUUUUCACCCCUUAAAAAAAGAAGGUCAAAGAGAUUUGAAACUGGAACCUAUAUCCACAGCAACAAUAACAGCAGUGAGAGAACACAUCUAUCAUAUUUAUAUUUUGGUCUCCAUAGAAACAAGCACAUGACAACUGAAUGGAAUUGGCAGCUGUUCUUGACUUACAAACACAUACAAGUGAUGAUUAGAUUUGUUUGUUAAGAUGUGUAGAACAAUACAGUUGAACAUUUCUAGGCUAUCCACUGUGAUGUCAUUAAUUGUGUUUAAGUAGCUAUCCCAAUUAAAGAAGAGGCCAUUUAAAAAAAACAGGUUGGGAAUAAUGUAAAAUAUUGAAUGCAAGAUACAAGAAUAAAUUAUAUUCACUUUAUUUUUAUUAACAUUUUUCUUCUGUAAAUUUUUAUUUGGCAACUUCUAUAUUAAAACACAAGA